UACUACAAAUAAAUACUGCGAAUACUUUAGUACGCAUUUAAAUCUUUACUACAUACGUCUACUAAAUCACACUACUACAAUCUUUGGAGCGAGCAUUUUAAAAAAAAUGGGAAAAAUAUUGUUACUUUAUUUUCAUAUAUUCAUUUUAUUCCUACACCACUGGCCUCUAAGUGCCAGUCCAACAAAUAUUGUUAAAUCAAAUUCAGACAAUAAGAAUGACUUGAAUAAAGCAGCAAAGUUAGGAAACAUUAAACUGGAUGAUGGUAUGAAAUAUGACGGGAAAUGGUCACGCAAUUCACGGUCAGUUAGUAAUACCAAUGUUGAACAUGUUAUUAAGAAGCGAGCUGCACGGAUAAGAAUGUUCCGAAGACCAGUAGUGGCAUUUCAAGCAACACUUACAAAAGCGUCGGAAACAGUUAAGAUGUUACACAAUAUCAACUUCAACAAUGUCAUAACAAACAUCGCCCACGCAUACAACCAUCAUACCGGGGUCUUUACUACUUCUAUUUCUGGAACUUUUAACACAAAUAUUGUUGCAGAAAGAGGACAUUAUGUUGAAGCAAGUACGUAUUGUCCGUAAUGGUGAAGUAACUGUUUCAGCAAUCAGUGAUCAUAAAACUUCACAAGAUGGAACUCAUUUUUUGACAUGGGAUCAAGGAAACGCAGUCGCGAUUUUAAGGCUAAGAAGAGGAGAUAAAGUAGCUGUUACUUUACAAUGGCCUCAGGGAAGCAAUACCAUUCAUGGUGUAAGGAAAUCAAGUUUCUCCGGAUAUCUCCUAUGAACGGAGCACGGACAUUUUUGGCUCAAGUAUUUUAAAUAGUUUGACUUUAAUACAUGGACAGAGAUGCAGCUUUGUUUUGCCGUAACUUCUCCAUACAUAAGCAGUCAAAGAGAAAAGUGUCGAAAAUAUUUGUUCAUUUUAAAAUUCGCCAAGGAGUGAUCUCUUCAAAAUCUUUUCUGAAACAUACAUUUUAAAAAUACAUUCAUUUGUUAUUGAUAUAAGCUUGUUAUAUAAAUUCUAAAAAGUAUUAUUUUUUAUUUCAAUGAAUAACACUCAAUAGGAAAACAGACAAUACACAACAGGCUAUGCAUUUGCAUCAGGAAAGUAGAGCAUUCCUGCAAUUUAUAGAGGACAACAUUCUGAAAAAAAAUACCAAACGGAAUAUCGUGAUUGUUAUAUUAUUACUCAAACAAUUUCGUUUAUAUUUCAGUAUAUCAAUAUAUAUAAUAUAUCUUAAAGAUCGCCUGUCAGGUACUUAUUAUAUAUGAUAUAUAUAAAGGACCUGAUGAUCGGCAUCAUCUACUCCAUUUGGGUGUUGAUAAUUUAAUUCUAACAACACUGGUGCUAGAGACCUUAUUAAGUAAUAAUGGCUUGUCCAUGCCUUCAUUAUAUUGAUGUUGCUGAGUGCUCUUUACGAUUCUUCAAUAUUUCUCAAAACUCUCAUACUGAAAAUACCGAAACAGGGCAUCUGUUGACUAUUAUCCCAUAGUCUUACUGGCAUUAUAUGUGUAGUCAUUGAUUAUUUUAGGUGAUAUAGAUUAUAUUUAAGGCUGCUUCAGAUGGUGCCAGAUGGGGAGAGAUAUUUCACAUUUCAUCGUUUGCCAUGGACCGGCUCAAUGUUACAGAGACUUCAAUUUCAUUAACAAGUUAUGUUAUCAAUGCACUUGAUAGAUACUGAUGUUUAUUUUAUUGAAUACAUGAUACCUGUUUCUUACUAUAAAAUACAUAUUAAUCAUAUUUAUGUGCUAGGACUCUAUUUUACUAAACUUUUUACAUGUAGUUUAAAACAUUGUUUGGUCUUAAAAAGCAAUAUGGUUUCAGAUAAAUGACUUACCUCAUCUCUACAAACGUAGAAUUUUGUAUCACUUUUUUCACGGUACAUUAGGGAACUUUACAGAUUUGUUUGUUAUAUUGGAUACAGCAAAAACAUUUUCAUUUUAUAUUAUUAUUUUUAUUUUCAGAGCGUGUCAAAUGUUUUUAUAACAUGUUUAACUGACAUUUAAAUCAAAAACGAGCUGAUUUUCAAAUAGAAAACUGGUGAAAAUGUUUUUUGUAUGCUUAUCAUAAUGUAAUCAUAAUUGUUGAAUAAAGAAGAUAUUUUCAAAUUCUAUAUAGGAAGACUUUAUACACUUCCCUGUCGUUUUUAUUAUGCUUUAUCAUAUUAUUUGAUAUGAUAUGAUAUGAAACAUGAUAUGAUAUCACCUUAUACCAGUAAAAGUGAACUUUGUCGCUGAUGAUCUUUCAACAAUACAGUUGUGCGAUGUAUGUAAAUAUAUACUUGAAAGUAAAUAGAAUACAUUAUGUGACUUGUUUUAGCUGAAAGAAAAAAGAAGUGGAGGUAUUGUCAUG